CGACUUCAGUACAUGCCUCAUAGCUCCAGUCUCAAACUUAACCACGUUCCUGCUGAAGAAGAGACGGUCGUCUGGAUGGAGAAAGAAGCUCUCGUGAUAGAGGUGGAGGAAGAGGAGGCUGUUACAAUACAAAAACAAGUAGAGGUUGAGGCUGUUACUGUGAAAGAAGAGAAAGACGUCUCAGUUAAAGAAGAGGGAGACUCGUUCAGAGUUAAUAAAGAGGGGGACGACGACGUUUCAGUGAACGAAGAGGAGGGGGAGGUGACUGUCACAUCGGAAAAUGAAGAAGAGGAGGAAACUGGAUAUCUCGGCCCGGUUUCCCAAGCGCAUCUUAAGGCGUCCGAUGGUUCUAACGAUGACGCGGACCUGAUUAACACUAGAGAGAGACCUGACUAUCGUGGAUCCUCUGGGGGGCCUCAACAACCUCAUGAUGCUGACGAGGCAGCGGAGAGUCUCUCCACUUCAAAACCCCUCAGGAAACACCAGCAGAGACCCACAGGGAAGAAAUCUCAUUGCUGCUCUGACUGUGGGAAAGGUUGCAAAUCUCCAUCAGAACUUAAAAUACACCAGAGAACACACACAGGAGAGAAACCUUAUAGCUGUGGUCAAUGUGGGAGGACUUUUACUACAUCUAGCGGUCUGACAGUACACCAGAGAACACACACAGGAGAGAAACCUUACAGCUGUGAUCAAUGUGGGAGGACUUUUACUACAUCUAGCGGUCUGACAUUACACCAGAGAACACACACAGGAGAGAAACCGUACAGCUGUGAUCAAUGUGGGAGGAGUUUUGUUCAAUCUAGCCAUCUGACUUCACACCAGAGAACACACACAGGGGAGAAACCUUAUAGCUGUGAUCAAUGUGGGAGGACUUUUACUACAUCUAGCGGUCUGACAUUACACCAGAGAACACACACAGGAGAGAAACCUUUUAGCUGUGAUCAAUGUGGGAGGAGUUUUUCUGGAUCAAGCAAUCUGAUUCGACACCAGAGAACACACACAGGAGAGAAAUCUUAUAGCUGUGAUCAAUGUGGGAGGAGUUUUGUUCAAUCUAGCAAUCUGGCAGUACACCAGAGAACACACACAGGAGAGAAACCUUAUAGCUGUGAUCAAUGUGGGAAGAGAUACAAUGAUAAAAGAUCUCUGAUCAAACAUCAGAAAAUACAUACAUGAAGAAGUUUCAGGAUAUCAAUGAAAUAAUGUCACAAUGUAAAAUGUUUUAACAUUGUAGUAGGAGUAUUUUAAUGAUGUCACAAUGUAGAAUGUUUUAACAUUGUAGUAGGAGUAUUUUAAUGAUGUCACAAUGUAGAAUAUUUUAACAUUGUAGUAGGAGUAUUUUAAUGAUGUUCUACCUUAUCGUUUACCCUGUUCAAGUAAGUCGCUCUGGAUAAGAGCGUCUGCUAAAUGACUUAAAUGUAAUGUAAUGAUAUGGAUAUUGUAACAUUGUAGUAGGAGUAUUUUAAUGAUUUAAUGAUUUUAAUUCUACCUUAUCGUUUACCCUGUUCAAUUGAUUGCAGCAUGAUAUGGAUAUUAACCUCAGGGGAAAAUCCAGGCUCUGAAUUGAAAUGUUAUUUAACAAAAAGUGACUAACAAAAAAAGACCUGUGUUACACUUACUGUGUUGGUGACGCACUUUAAUCAAAAUGCAGCACUUCAACAUGUAGCCAGCGGUUUUCUACUAGUUGAAAAAGCUGCUUGUUAAAAAAAAUACAUGUAAUAUAAAAAUUGUCGCAGAUGUUUGUAUUUUCACACAUGAAAGCAGUAUAAUAAAUUGGUCUAUAAUCAAUUUUGUUAACAAUCUGA